ACGCGAAAACGUGAAGGAGGGGGAACGCGAAUGGAGGCCGUUGGUGUUUCAGAGCCGAAACAAUUGAGGGAGAAAUACAUGAGGAAAACUCAAAUAGCAAGCCUGUGAAUUUUUAUAUUUAGUUAUAUCGAAACUCAUAUCUCAUAUACACGUAUAAAUGUGUCGGUGGAGGUCGUGAGGCAGUGCGUGUCAGUAUUUAGUGUUUGUUUAUAGUAUUAGUGGAACUCAAAGGCCCGGAUUCACUCUCUUCACCAACCUGGGAAUAUGAGACGGAUGCCACAAUGACGUCUAGAUUUGGAAAAACAUACAGCCGAAGAGGAGGAGAUGGGACCUCCAAGUUUGACGAGGUUUUGUCCAAUAAAAGGGCCACACUCAGCACCAAAUGGGGUGAGACGACUUACAAAGCCAAGGUGGGAGCAAAGAGGCCUGGUUUAAAGACCGAGUUGACAGAUCAGACCAAGAGGUCCAAGGUCUCAGAAGGUGAUGGCUCAGAGGAUCCGUUCGGAUUCGACAGUGACGACGAAUCCAAGCCGGUCACGUCUCGUAGCGUAGCCCAGUCUAAACCCAAAGUGACGUCCACAGGGGGCUCCCAGGCCAGUCUGACGCUGGAGCCCAACAGCAGGGUGAACCAGCCUGCCAGUGUGGAGGCCGUGGCCCCCAGCAGGGCCCCUUUCACUCUCAGCAGUGAGAGAAGUGCUCACAAAGUUCCAGAGGACCCUGGGAAAUUUUUUAAUACCUCUACCACAGGGAAGACCCCGAAUUGGUCCACUGAGAGCACUGACCACCACAGCUAUUCAUGGUACAAAAACCCUUCUGAAAGCGACACGAGACCUUAUGCUCAGACCACCACGUUAAAGUCUGAAAAAACAGAUGACAAGGAUUCUUAUGAUGCCUGGAGCGCUGUGGUCGGACUGGGGGCACGCUCCACAUCCCUCUUUACCGGACAUAAAAACCCUCCAUCUACCUUGUGGGCAUCUAGUAGUUACAGUCGCAGCAACAUUCAGGGCACAUCCUCCACUGAGACUCGGUUAGAAGAGUUUGCCCAAGGGAACUUUAAUGUUCCUGUUGAGCCAUCUGAAAGCGAGGACCACUCUCAGUCUGUUCUCAGGGCGUCCAACUGCAGAACGUAUUGCAGACCCAGUAAAGGCAAACAGCCUGGUGGAGCUGAUGGGAGUGGAAGUGCUUCCAGUCAUAGCUCCAUGGAAACGUUGCAGAACAGCGGGGCCGAAAAUGCUGGUAAAACGACGAGUAGAGGUCGGACGAGAGACUACACAGUGCUGCACCCGUCUUGUGUUUCCAUGUUUAACGUCACCUUCCAGGACUCCAUGGACCGCAGUAUGGAGGAGUACAUGGCCAGCGCCCCAGCGGCUACUCCAGGAGAUGCAGGAAGACUGAAGAAGAAAACCGAGAUAGAAAUCAAACCUCUCAGUCGUUCCAAACCCACACAGAGCAAGAUGAAGAGCAGUAAGCUGGAGCUCUUUGGGUUUGAUGAUGCUGAUGCUGUGGUUGAGGAUGACGACCCUGCUUCAGGAAGCUCUAACUACAGGAUCAAAUACUUUGGCUUUGAUGAACUCAGUGAUAGUGACAGUGAGGAAGACGAGGGAUCCUCUGAAAGAAGGAAAGCCAAGAGGAAGGCUGCGGCAGCUGUAGCAGUGCCACUGGCGUCUAUAGAGACAGAUGUUGACAGUCCUCAGCCCAUGGAGAUGCAGGACUCUCAGAGCAGUCACACUGCAGAUGACAGUCACUGCCUUAAAGAUGAUCCUCUGGAGUUCCCAGAGGUCCCCUUCCCGUUUGAAACAGUGAGGAAACCUCAGGUCAAAGCUCAGGAGAAAGCCAAGGAGGGCAGCAGGAAGAUCUUCAGUGGACCCAAAAAGUCGCCUACUAAAGCUGUGUAUAAUGCAAGACACUGGAACCAUCCAGAGCUAGAAGAACUGCUACCCACGCCUCCAUCACGAUCUCAAGCUCCUCCAGCUGUUUCAUCAGGAGGCAGUAAAGAGUCGAACUCAAACAAGGACGACGGAGUGUUCAAAGCUCCAGCCCCUCCUCCCAAAGUCACCAAGUCCACCACCAUCCCCACAGAACCUUACCAGGACAUGGUCACUGCACUCAAAUGUAGGAAAGAACACAAAGAGUUGUACACCGUUGUCCAGCAUGUGAAGCACUUCAAUGAUGUGGUAGAGUUUGGCGAGAAUCAGGAGUUCACCGAUGACUUUGAGUAUCUUGCCACUGGUCUGAAGACUGGUCAACCCCUUAACACACGCUGCCUUAGUGUUAUUAGUUUGGCCACGAGAUGCGCCAUGCCCAGUUUCAGGAUGCACCUGAGGGCUCGUGGGAAAGUGGCUCAGGUCUUUAAAACUCUCAGUGAUGCACCUCAACAUUCAAAUCUAGCUUUGUGUACGGCCUCUCUUAUGUACAUUCUCAGCCGAGACCGCUUGAAUAUGGACCUGGAUCGGGCCAGUUUGGAUCUAAUGAUUCGUUUACUGGAAUUAGAACUGGACAAAUCCAUUGCUGAUCAGUUGACGACAAAAGAGAUGAACAAAGUGAAAGAAAAGAUUCGCAAACUCUGCGAAACCGUCCACAAUAAGCAUCUCGACUUGGAGAAUAUCACGACGGGACAUUUAGCCAUGGAGACGUUGUUGUCGUUGACGUCAAAGAGAGCGGGGGAUUGGUUUAAAGAAGAACUCCGGCUUCUGGGAGGCCUGGACCACAUUGUAGAUAAAGUUAAAGAGUGUGUGGAGAACCUGAGCCGAGAGGAUGAUAAGGAGAACCUUGUGGCGUCAUUGUGGGGGGCUGAGAGAUGUCUUCGUGUUCUAGAAAGUGUAACCGUUCACAAUCCAGAAAACCAGGCCUACCUGAUCGCGUACAAGGACUCUCAGCUCAUAGUGUCUUCAGCAAAGGCCUUAUGGCACUGUGAGGAGAUGAUCCAGAGGUACAGUCGAGAGGUGAACAGAGGCCUGUGCUCGUCGGGCACACCGCUACCCUACUGCAGCAACAGCAAUGUGGGGAAAGCCGUAGAAGACUGUAUGCGAGCCAUCAUUGGAGUCCUGUUAAAUCUCACACAUGAUAACGAAUGGGGCAGCACAAAGACAGGGGAGCAGGAGGAGUUAAUCAUCACAGCGCUGAACUGUGUGCUCAGGGUCCCACAGUACCUGCCGCAGGAGCAGAGGUUCGAUAUCAGAGUCCUGGGUCUGGGCUUGCUCAUUAAUCUGGUGGAGUACAGCGCAAGGAACAGACACUGUCUAGUGGAGCUGCAGAUGGAGGGAAGUGAUGUCUGGGACUCCAUGUGUGUGUCUGACAAAGAGGAGUUGCAGACUGAGAGAUCUCUCGGUGCCAUUGCUGCUUUGGUGAAGCUUUUCCUUCAGAGAGAGCAUGCGGCCAUUUUGGCAGAGGCGGAGACAGAUGACUUCAUCAACGAUGCGCCAAAGCCCCAAUUGGAUCAGAGCGGAGAAUGGAAAGAAACCAAUGAAGAGAUUCAGUGGGUGGCUUCAGAGAACAACAACCAAGGACAACAGGACAAGAAGAAAGAGGAGGAGGAUGAGGAACUUGAUCUCAACAAAGCUCUUCAGCAUGCUGGCAAGCACAUGGAGGACAGUAUUGUGGCGUCAUACACUGCACUGCUUUUGGGCUGUCUGUGCCAGGGGAGCCCUAUGAAUGUGACUACUGUGAGGGAGAACCUGCCAAAAGGGGAUUUUUCGGUCAUGACAGAGAUGCUGAAGAAGUUCUUGAAUUUCAUGAACCUUACAUGUGAUGUGGGCACCACGGGGCAGAAGUCUAUCUCCAGGGUCAUUGAUUAUCUGGAACACUGCUAGUGUUUUUCUGGAGCUCCACGCACAGACCUCAGCACACCCCUGCCCAACCCGACACACCUGGAAAACAACCCACCGUCAUCAUCCACCAGUACCUUCCUCAUUCAGACUGUAAAGAAUGAAGUUUAAAGCACAUCACACACGGAACUCUAUUAAAAGGAGCUGUUUUGAUUGAGUUUGUCACAAGUUGUUCAUCCGUUUCGUCUUCAAAUGUUUUCGUCACGGCAUAAUUGUGUUUCUCACAUCACAACCCUCCUUAAUCUGCUGUCUAUUGAUCAGUCGCCUUGGAAGUUCGUUUUCAUUGGCAGAAA